UAAAUCUGUGUUUGUUGUUAAACUUUAUCGGUCGCGGCGUCAUGGACAGCAGCCUGGAUCACCUGGACGCUGCAGGUUUCUUGCAGAUCUGGCAACAUUUCGACGUCGACGAUAACGGUUACAUCGAAGGGAAGGAGCUGGACGACUUCUUUCGUCACAUGUUGAAAAAACUGGGAAUGAAGGGAGGAGAGAUCACUGAGGAGGACGUCCGAGGGCUGAGGGAGCGCUUCAUGUCGGCGUACGACACCACCGCCGACGGACGGCUGCAGAUCCAGGAGCUUGCUGCCAUGAUGCUCCCCGAGGACGAGAACUUUCUGCUGCUGUUCCGCCGGGAGACGCCGCUCGACAGCAGCGUGGAGUUCAUGAGGAUUUGGAGAAACUACGACACAGACAGCAGCGGCUACAUCUCCGCCAUCGAGCUCAAGGGCUUCCUUCAGGAUCUGUUCCUCCAGCACAGGAAGUCCAUCAGUGCCGACAAGCUGGACGAGUACACCGACACCAUGAUGAAGAUGUUUGACAAAAAUAAGGACGGCCGGCUGGAUCUAAACGACCUGGCCAGAAUUUUGGCCCUGAAAGAAAACUUCCUGCUGAAGUUUAAGAUGGACGCCUGCAGUCUGGAGGACCGGAGGAGGGACUUUGAGAAGAUUUUUGCUCAUUACGACGUUAGUAAAACAGGAGCGCUGGAGGGCCCUGAGGUGGAUGGGUUUGUGAAGGACAUGAUGGAGCUGGUCAAGACCAGCAUCAGUGGAACGGACCUGGAUAAGUUCAGAAAGGCGCUGCUGGGCCACUGCGACACCAACAGGGACGGAAAGAUCCAGAAGAACGAGCUGGCCCUGUGCCUCGGCCUCAAGCUGAGCUAAUGGAGCCUUGGCAGGUUCUUCCUUCCGUCGCUGCGGCCCUCCGGCUUCCCCUCCUCUGUCCCGCAGUUUCACCUCCACCCUUCCCAGCUCUUCGUUUAUUUCCCUUUGUCUCCUUCCCCUCACUCGUAAAGUUUAAUUCACGCUCGGUCUCUCGACAACACACAGUCCUUGGCGUAUGCAAAAUCAUCUCCAUGGCAACGAGGCGCUCA